GUGAUAUAGAAUAAAAAAGCAGUGCAAAUAAUAGAGCGGCUUUUGGGAAAACUUUCUGCAAAUGGUUUCCUUUUGCUUAGAAUUAGGAAAACAAAAUGUUACGCAGAACGAUGCGACCGUGACUCAUGAGGUGAGAGUGAGAUGAGUAGCAAACACUCAAUGUCGACUCACAAUAUGUCGACUGUCAGUGGCCAUUUUUUUCGUUUGCACCAAACAAGCGCAGUGCUGUCAAACAGUGAAAAGUCGCCAUCAAACACGCUCCGCUUCUUCGUCGGGUUGUAGAGGAUAAGUUUGGAGUGAAAUUUACCGGUCGAAAGGUGUUUCAGCAACAAUCGCUUAUUCCAUUGCACCACCUAUCCGUGCACCAUGGCGGGAAGAAGAGUACCGGCAAAUGAGGAUUUGUCGAAUGUGGAGUUUGAAACGAGCGAGGAUGUCGAGGUUCUGCCCACCUUCAACUCAAUGGGUCUGCGGGAAGAGCUACUGCGGGGUAUUUACGCGUACGGUUUCGAGAAACCAUCGGCAAUCCAGCAGCGGAGCAUUCAGCCCAUCGUAAAGGGACGCGAUGUUAUCGCCCAGGCACAGUCCGGAACGGGUAAAACGGCUACAUUUUCGAUUUCCAUCCUGCAGUCGAUGGACACGACGCUGCGAGAAACACAGGUGCUCUGCCUGUCGCCGACGCGCGAGCUCGCGGUACAGAUCCAGAAAGUCAUUUUGGCGCUGGGAGAUUUCAUGAACAUCCAGUGCCACGCCUGCAUCGGUGGCACCAAUUUGGGGGAGGACAUUAGAAAGCUGGACUACGGCCAGCACGUGGUCAGCGGAACUCCUGGGCGCGUGUUUGACAUGAUCAAACGGCGCGUGCUGCGAACCAGAUCCAUCAAAAUGCUGGUGCUCGAUGAGGCAGACGAAAUGCUGAAUAAGGGCUUCAAGGAGCAAAUCUACGAUGUUUACCGGUAUUUGCCGCCAGCCACGCAGGUUGUCCUAAUUUCGGCCACCCUACCGCACGAAAUCCUCGAAAUGACUUCAAAGUUCAUGACGGAUCCGAUACGCAUCCUCGUCAAGCGCGAUGAAUUGACACUCGAAGGCAUCAAGCAGUUUUUCGUGGCCGUCGAGCGUGAGGAGUGGAAGUUCGAUACGCUGUGUGACCUGUACGAUACGCUGACCAUAACACAGGCGGUCAUUUUUUGCAACACCAAGCGCAAGGUAGACUGGUUGACGGAGAAAAUGCGCGAGGCCAACUUUACGGUUAGCUCGAUGCACGGCGACAUGCCGCAGAAGGAGCGUGACGAGAUCAUGAAGGAGUUCCGAUCCGGCCAAAGCCGGGUACUUAUCACAACCGACGUUUGGGCUCGUGGUAUCGACGUGCAGCAGGUUUCGCUGGUCAUCAACUACGAUUUGCCAAACAACCGUGAAUUGUACAUUCACCGUAUCGGUCGUUCCGGACGCUUCGGCCGGAAGGGUGUGGCGAUCAAUUUCGUAAAAUCGGAUGACAUCAGAAUCUUGCGUGACAUUGAACAGUACUACUCGACCCAGAUCGAUGAGAUGCCUAUGAAUGUGGCAGAUUUAAUCUAGGCAAAUGGCUCUGAUGGCAUUUGGUAAAAGCAUAUACAUUAAUUAUGUACGGAAGUGUGGACUCUAAAUAAAACUUACAAA